AUGGCUGAAUCCACUGAAAGCUUCCAUAUGGGAAUUCCCGAGGGCCCUCCUACUGGCCGUGCCUCGGAGCCUCUGAUUGCCUUUGUUGCUCGCGCUGCUCCGCCUCGCGUUUACGAUGACCUCAACCAGCUGAAGUACUAUCUUCGGCCCGCUCUGACAGAGCUCCGGGAGGCGUAUGAGCGCAAGUGUGGAAGCCUGGAGAACCGGACCUACAUCAACUGUCCAUUGAUCCAUAAAUCCGUCACCCCGCUGGAUGAAAAUUGCGAUUCGUUCCUGUCCAUCACCGACGUAAUGAUCUAUGCCCGAGAGUACGAUCGCGAUGUCAAGCUUGUGUUGGCCCACUGGGACGCCAUUACCAGCGACACUUUGAGCUUUGCCAGUGUCUUCGAAGAUUUCACAGAUCUCAAGGUGACUAUCUGCGUCCACGGCACGCUGUCAGCUGAUCACGACAGCGCGUUCCAUGAGUUCGAUGCCCACCGAGUCACCGCUCACUAUCAGGGCUUGAUCAGACUCGAAGAACAAUUUGUCAUUGACAAUGCACUGCGUUUUGUCGUCAGACUCGAGGAAGUCCGCUCCGUUCGGAUCAGAGUGGAGGAGUCGGUUGGCAUUAUGAUGCAAGCGACUGGUCAGCCUGAGGGAGAGCUGUACGAGAAUGUGCUGUGGAUGCUCUGA